GGUCCGCUCGCAAUACGGCCCUCCCGGGAAACAGCGCCCCGCCGGUAGCGCCGCAGCCGCUUUCCUGCCCCCUGCAGGUUACGAGGCGGGGCAUGAGGGGCUGCGGGGCGGGAGUGACCCGACGCUGCCGCCUCUCCUCAGUGCCUGCGGUGCGGCGCGAUCCCGCGUGUCAAGGCCGCUCAGGGGUUGUCGGAAGGGCCGAGAGGGGCUGGGCCGUGCCGGUUAAAUCACCCGAGUUUCGCCGGAACGUGUGGCGAGGAGCCCGGGGGCGGGGUGGGGGACGCGUUUUGGUGUGGCAGAACGCGGAAGCGGCGCGGUGCGGAGCGGCGCCCCCGGCACCGGCAGCGCCAUCGCCGUGAUGUCCUCCGACUUCGAGAGCUACGAGCAGGACUUCGCCGUGCUCACGGCAGAGAUCACGGGCCGCAUCGGGAAGGUGCCGAAGCUGGUAGGAGAUGAGAAGAAGCAGAUGGUUGCAAAUGUUGAGAAACAGCUCGAAGAAGCAAGGGAACUGCUUGAGCAGAUGGAACUUGAAGUCCGAGAGAUCCCACCUCAAAGCCGAGGGAUGUACAGCAGUCGAAUGAGGAGCUACAAACAAGAAAUGGGAAAACUUGAAGCCGAUUUUAAAAGGUCACGAAUCGCCUACAGUGAUGAGGUGCGGAAUGAACUCCUAGGGGAUGACGGGAAUUCCUCAGAGAACCAGUUGAUAAAAUUACGUGAAGAGAGGGCACAUCUGCUCGAUAACACAGAGAGGCUGGAAAGGUCAUCUCGGAGACUAGAGGCUGGAUACCAAAUAGCAGUGGAAACCGAGCAGAUUGGACAGGAGAUGCUUGAAAACCUCAGCCAUGACAGAGAGAAGAUCCAGCGGGCUCGGGAAAGGCUUAGAGAAGCAGAUGCAAACCUGGGGAAGAGUUCCAGGAUUUUGACGGGAAUGUUGCGAAGGAUCAUCCAAAACCGGAUUUUGAUUGUUGUGCUGGCAGUCAUCAUCAUCUUCACCACCAUGAUGGCUAUUUAUUUUUCUGUCAGGGGACGCUGAUAUCUUUGUUCUUCACUAAACAGCAACAAACUGCUUGUUCUGAGUAAUUAAGACAAAGUGGUCACAUGAAUCAUUCUCUUGCACUGACAGAGUCUCCCUCUCUUUUCCACUCUUCAACUCAGGUGCAAGUGGUGUAAAAUAUUUUGUAUUAUUGAUGGCAUAGUUGAUGGCAUGUGGGACUAUUUUUUUCUUACAUAUUUGUCCUUAUCUGAGUGUUUUCAGGAUCUUAAUAUUUGUUGGAGUGAGGGCUUGUUCUGGUAUAAAAAGACUUAAUAUGUGUUGAAUUCACCCACAGACAAUUAGCCUGUAAGUUGCCAGAGUUUCAUGAGGGAAGAGGGGUCUUUGCACUUUUCUUGUGCUGUGCAGGGUGUAUGAAUAUCAAGCAGUAUCUGACCUAUGAUUUAAAAUAUAAGUAAAGCAAAGACCAAAUGAUGUAGAAAGUGAACCUGUCUCCUGUGACUAACUCCCAAUCACGCAUUAUCGUAGUAGAUGUAACCUGGUUAAGAACAGUAGCUAGUUUUAAAAAGAGAGCAACCUUAGGAUGGUGUUUAAUAUAUGAUGUAAAUCCAAAACUCAAUUUAACAAUUUUUUGUUUUAACUUAGGCUUUCUUUUCUGUUAUUCAAAGCAAUUCCACUUUUUCAUCAAGAUCAUGAAAAUGCAUCACUUACCUAAAAUGUAGUUAUGGCUACAGCCCAUCUGUUGAAUCUCUUUUAAAUCUUCCAGUGUUGAUAUAUGUACUGAUAAGCAUUACACACUAGGCCCUUAAUGACGACAUUUAAAGAUACUUAUCUAUUUGUUGCUGAUCGAAAAGAGAUCUUAAGUAAUAGUUCAGCAACAAAUGUGUGAUUAUAGUUCAUUAAACAAUCUAGAUUUUUAAUACUGGCCUGACUAUGUUGAGACUGCAUGUUGGAGUAUUUUGAGUGUAUUAAAUUCUGAUGUGAUAUUCCCCUUUUUGAACAGAAACUGUAAAAAUGUUAAUUUAUAUAUGCUUUUAGCUGAUAUAAUAUAUCAUAGUUUCAUCUACCUGUGUGUAAAUGAGCUGUUUCUCUUUUCCUAUUGGCUGUGCUUCUCCUUGACAGGUUGAGGUCAUUUGGCUUAUAUUUAAGUUUGCAACUUCAACAAAGGUCUAUCACUGCUGAUGUGAUAAAGUUCAUAUUUUUAUAAUAACUUUUGAAUUCAUUAUUUGCAAUCCUUUACAAAUAUUGCAAAUGAAGAGGAAUAUUAAACCCUUGAACUUAAGCCAUUAAAUGUUUCCGAAAGAUGUUCAAAGAAACAAAAAUCUGGUGACUUUUAAAUUCCCCCCAUAUUAGGCAGAAGCUGAGCCCUGAAUUUUAAUGUGUGCCUUAGUAUUUUGGGGUUUUGGCAUCCCUAUGGACUCUACUGAUUUGGUGUGCUGUCCUUGGAAGCUGAUUUUGGCCCUAAAUGUCAUCGUUUUCUCUACAUAGAAACAAAUAACUUUGUUAAAAGGAUGUGGUACUAAUGCCACAGCUAAGACACAGAAAGAGGGUAAUAAAUGUAGAAUAAAGGGAUCCACAGGAAAAAUGCUACUUAUUGAAACAAAUGCAAGCACAUAGGGUCAGCUCUGCUGUCUGAGUGUUACAUGCAGCUCACAACAAAAUUUGGAAGUGGUUUAUGUGCUGGGUUUCUCUACCAGCUCGUGUCACUGGCUGCAGGAUGGUGCUGGAACAAAAGUUCCUGGGUAGCCCAGACCCAGGUUUCAGGAGGUGUUGCUCUGUGCAGCACAGUCAUGUUCAGCUCCUCACCUUGAUGGCCCUGCUCUGUCACAAGGUCAUGGGACCCCCCUGGCCGCCUCCUGGGGCAUCCUCUGGUUUCAUCCUUGCCAGGUGUGUGGCAUUUACCCCAUGGCUCUGAGACACAGAAAGAUUUGGGUGUUCAGCUUCCAGCCUUCAGGCACGACAUGCACUCAAACUGAGCCUUUGGGUUGUGUAAGCAGAGCUCUGGCCAUUAGCUUCCAGUGAUGGCACAGAGCUGAGUUCAGACAAAUUAGGAGGAAGCCUGGCAGCAUUACAGAUAUUUAUCCUCAGCUCGGCAAAUUAGGAGAUGCAUAUUUUGUAAAGCAGAAAACUGUCAAGAAGGAAAUCUUAAGCUCCGUCUGUUGCCUAGACAUUCUCUGCAUUGCCUCAAUAAUUUAACUAUCAUGGGAAUUGAUUCAUGACUACUGAUCUUAACAGUGACCUAUGACUAGGUUUUGCCCUCUAUCUAGCCACCUGCUGGAAUCAGCAAAAAGCUGAAAGGAAGCUAGUUUUCCUUAUCCCAGUAUAAAUCUAGGGCAUAGUGUCACAUCAGAUACAUCCACUCAGAUAGGAAUGAGGGAGAGAGAGAGACUGCCACGCAAAGCCUUCAUCUCCACUUUUGAUGAGCCCGCCAUCGCUAUGUUUCUCAUGCUAACCUGUUAAUAACUCUUCUGUGCCUGCUUUGCAUCCUCAUGUACUCCCCACAUGUAAAAUAGUGCUCAGGUGGACAUUACAUCUUCAAAACACAUUAUUACUCCUCUCUCACCCCUGUUCAUUUGGCCUGGGAAGUGUGCAGGCGAGAUUCACCAAAUCCACACAUUGUGGUGGGGAUUGAGUGGCUUCAACUGAGAGCACAGCCCCAACUACCCACAGGUAGUGUGACACCCCCAGGUCCAGGCUUCCCCUGGACUAGUUUGGUCACAUUUACAGCACAUCUGUGAAUGAAUCCAAGUGCUUACAAAUGUAAACCUCAAAGAGCAAAGUGUUUCUAAUGUUGCCAGCCUUUGUGGAGAAAUGACAAAUUAAAAAACGCACACGUGGUGCUGUGUGUGAAAUCCAUCCCUGCUAAACAGCUGGGCUCGCAGAAUAAAUAAACUAAUUCUGCACUGAUACAAAAUCAAAAGCAAUUUAAUUAAAGACUCUUAAGUUUUAAAGGGUUUUAAAUGCUAUACGUUUUGGGGAAAUAUCAGAAAAUGUAGCUUGACUGACGUCAGUUCUCAUCUCUGGGAUGGGAGGCCAUUUGCUAUUCUGUUUAAGGCAGGCUGGAUUGUCUUAUUUUGGAGCCAGCUUGGUGGGGGGUUUUCUUUGCUGCUGCUUCAGAGCUCUGAGCUUCAAAGGCUGAAAUUAAUGGUGAACAAAAUUGUGCGGCUCUGACCAUCCCAUGCGGGGCAAACCCAUCGAGGGUUAUCAUUAAGUAAAGAAAUAAAGAAAAAAAAACCCUGCCAGUUCCAAGAAAACCUCAUCAGAUAAUGACCUCUGUGAUUGGGUUUUCAUUACCAAACAGCAUCCAGAGAUUGUCUGCCCCAUAGAAG